AUGUCUUGCUGUGCAGGCAAAAAACAAUCUCCAACUAUCGACAUCACUAAAGAUGAGCCUGAUGUGCUUCCGAUCUCUGAGCAGUUAUCCAAAGGCGUCAAAAUUGUUUUGUUAGGCGAGUCCGCAACAGGCAAAACCUGUAUAGUCCACCGUUACAUAACAAACGAAUUCACAAAUCAGAGCACAACGGUCGGUUGUGCUUUUAAUUCAAAAACAAUUAAUUACAAUAACAAAAUCAUAAAAUACGAAAUCUGGGACGCAGCAGGUCAAGAGCGUUAUCGUUCUUUAAGUGCCAUAUAUUACAGAAAUGCAACUGUUGCUCUUUUAGUCUUUGAUAUAACUCGUCAAGAAACUUUUAAUGCUGUCACUGAUUGGGUCGAUGAACUCAAGCAAAACACUUCAAACUCCACAAUGAUCUUUAUCGUUGGAAACAAAUGCGAUUUAGCAGACCAGCGUCUUGUCAAAGAGUCGACAAUUCAAGACUAUAUCAAAGCUUCCAAUUCAAACAUAAUUGGUUACAUGGAAUGCUCCGCAAAGACUGGAAAAAACAUUCCUGAAUUAUUCGACCAAGUCUCCGCUAAGCUUCUGACUCUUUGUUAA